AUGCCCAUUGAGGCUCUCCCCCAGGCCACACUCCGAGCCAUCGGGUCUUCCUCGGUCAUCUCCGAUCCCUGUUCGGUGGUGAAGGAGCUCAUCGACAAUGCCCUGGAUGCUUCGGCCUCAUCGUUGGCAAUCGAGAUAUCUUCCAAUACCAUCGAUGUAAUUCAGCUGAAAGACAAUGGCCAUGGAAUUCCAGUAGAUGAUCACCCAUUCGUCUGUCAGCACGCGUUCACCAGCAAGAUCCAGACUACCAAUGACCUCAAAAAUGUCGGCGGCACCUCAUUGGGGUUUCGCGGGGAGGCCCUCGCGAGCGUGGCGGAGAUGUCGGGUGGCAUCGCCAUCACCACUCGAGUCUCAACAGACGUUACAGGAUCUUGUAUCAAGUAUACAAGGGAGGGCAAGGUUUUGCAAACGCAGCGGACGGCGGCGCCCGUGGGAACGACGGUAAAGAUCUCAGACUUUCUCAAGUACAUCCCCGUCCGCCGACAGACGAUUCUCAAAGGAGCCGCAAAAACUUUGAUCAAGAUCAAGAAACUCUUGCAGGCGUAUGCGUUUGCUCAGCCUUCUAUUCGUUUCUCUCUCAAGGUACUGAAAGCCAAGAAUGAAAACAACAACUGGAUGUAUGUUCCCAGCCCAGAUGCAGCAAUCUCCGAUGCCUCGGUCAAAAUCAUCGGCCGAGACGCUUCUUCUUGUUGUACGGUAAAGAGUGUUUCGUCCGACCUAGGCACACAAGAUGAAUCGGGAUCCAAUCAAGUUUGUUAUAAUCUGGAGGCCUUCCUUCCAGGCUGGGAUAUAGAUUUCUCAAAGGUCAACAACAUUGGUCAAUUUGUCAGUCUCGAUGGCAGACCUUUGGCCUCAUCCAGAGGCAUUGCACAAGCUAUCACCAAGUUAUACAAAUCCUGUAUUCGAUUGGCUGCCUCAAAGACUCAGCCCUCGGUAUCCAUCACUGACCCAUUCCUUUGCAUUCAGCUGAAAUGCCCACGUGGUGUCUACGAUGUGAAUAUUGAGCCAAGCAAGGAUGACGUUAUCUUCGAGGACCGGAACGCUAUCAUGUCACUAGUUGAAACGCUCUUUCGGGAUCACUAUGGUCAACUUCCUCGUGAUGCAAAGGCUAACGCAGUCAAAGGCAAAGCCGCAUCACCAGCAAAGAAGGGUGAAAACGGAUCUGAGUUCAAUGUCCUUAUGGCUAGGGAACGACAUGAAAAUGAUGUUCCUACGCAACCGACCGAUAUGGGAGAGAUCCUUGGGGAUCUUACGAUACCGCCUUCCCACAGCCAUGCUAAAUCACCCGCAAGAUCAGCAAUCUCUGUUCCCCCUAGUGGUGAUGACAGAACGGAGGACCAGGGUGAUCAGUCCUCUACUUCUUCCAACACUCAGCAAUCGCGCUUCCUCAAUCCGUGGUCCAUUACCCAAAUGAAUACGCCAUUCCAGACACCGCGCAGAGAUCCCGGGAGUCGACCAUCUGUGUCUCCAGAUUUCCAGCGCGAAACUCAAGAGCCCAGCCGGCCAAUCUCGAAAUCCGGUCGUAGUCCCCAGUCACCUCCAGAAAGUCCAGAAUUAGUUUCUUCUGUUGCCGGAAUGUCCUCGAGAUCUCCAAAAAGUCGUCGACCUCGGAAUACUCAGGCUUCUCAUGCUGAAUCAGCAGCGGGCCGUGUUACGGCAAGUGAAAAGAGAGCGGCACGAGAGCAGGACAGAGAGCGAUACGGCAACGGGGCCCUUGAUACUUGGUUUCAACGAACCACGCAAACCUCAAUGGGUCACACACCUCUCGAUCAACUACGGGAAAUUGAUGAGAUUGUUCCUACCUUGCCACAUAUAUCCCGAAAACGAUUCGGUGCCGCACCAGCCGACACGCAAAAUGAGAAUGGAACCUGUGAAAAAUCCAAGGAGAUAUCGAGCGGUACCUCAAACGGAAGCGAUUCGUCAGCACCUUCUCCUGGAGAGCCUACAUCAGCAAUCAAUGUCCAAGAGGGUUCAAUGGAUAGCGGGAGGGGUUUCCCCGUUCUUGAACAUUGGGCCGCGAGCCUCAAGGAAGGAUUCAACGCCAAGUCUUCGGGGCUGGAAUGGGCAAUGGACUUUGAACAGCGCAAGAAAGAAGCAAACGAAAAGUUCCGCGCCCGACCUGCAGUUUAUAGUCAAGUAUCAAGCCAACCACAGAGCACUCAGUUUUCAAAGACGCCUCACCAAAACAGAUUCAUCGCUGCCAAAGCUGCCCUGGCAGCUGAGCGACCUUUUACAGUGGAGGAACUUCAUGGUACGGGACUAUCGCCCCAUGAUCCUAGGGCAUAUCUCAUGCGCCGAAAGCGUGACAAUCGAUCUAAUGAUCAACGCCAAGGAACGUCAAAAUUGAGGCGCAUUCAUCUUGGCCGCCUGCCCUUUGAACGCAUUCCAGAUGGCUGUGAUCUUCACAAUGUCAGCCUACCGGUGACCGCAGACAUGAGCUCAAUACUUACCACUUGCCGUCUGAUGUCUCCUCUUGACUCAUAUAUUAAAUAUGGACAAGAGGCUGGAGCUUUUGAAGGAUCUGGCAUUGACAACCUCGCUCAAGAUUUGAAUCAAAAGCUACAACUCAUCAUCGACACGCAUUACAAGCGAGCACCCGGUACUCGUUCCAUCGGCCAGAUCGACAUGUCCACUGUUAUUGCGGAGUGUCUGAAACACCAUCAAAAAUGA